AGACUUCUUAUUUUGAAAGGAAACCUUGAUAGCGUAAUUUCCGGUUUAUGUCGAGUUCGUGUAACGUCGGGCUAGCGCUAACGGCUAACGCUUCAUCCAUUGUUGAGUAUUUCUUUGACAAAAGACAGAGAGAGACAUAGAGGGAAAAUGUCAGAUACGGAGACAAAACCUUCCAGCCAAGAUGGGGGAGAGAAAAAGGAUGGAGAGUACAUCAAAUUAAAAGUGAUUGGUCAGGACAGCAGUGAAAUCCACUUCAAAGUGAAAAUGACAACACAUCUAAAGAAGCUCAAGGAAUCAUACAGCCAGAGACAGGGUGUCCCAGCGAGCACACUACGGUUUCUCUUCGAAGGACAGAGAAUUGCAGACAACCAAACUCCCAAAGAGCUGGGGAUGGAGGAUGAGGACGUCAUCGAGGUAUAUCAGGAACAGACCGGUGGACUUUGGAAUGAUUAAACUUUCUGUUUUUUUAAAAAUGUUUUUUCUUUAUUUUGUAUUUUAUUUUGUAAGUAUGUAUGUAUUUUGUUAAGUUUCAAACCAUCUGGAUCAAAAAGUGACUAUCAGGGCUUCCAUGCAAGGGCAGGAGGGUGCACAGAGUGAGGCAAGGCAGAGGGAGGAGGACAGCGCAGCGGAGGUGUGUGUCCCACACACAUUUACACUUGAUAAGCUUUUAGUUUGUUUUCUCUCCUCAGCAGUUGAAAGGACUAGGUUAUAAGCAAACUGCUUUUAUUCACUGACAAUCCCAGCAGGAUACCCCUGGUUUAUAGGCAUCUGUGAAGGAUAGUGUAGCGUGAUAAGAUGAAUAGAAUUUUUAUUAGUGUACAAACUAAAAAAUACAUCCUAGGUGGGUGGUGCCAUUGGCCAAAGUUUUAGAAAAGACCUUCAUUUAAAUUUAAAAACAAUGACAAGUUCUUUCCUCAUGUCAAAUCAAUCCUCCUAAGAAAUAUUGAUUCCCAUUUUGUGUGUUAUACUGCAGUCUUGUGCUUCCUGUCAGCUGGUGCAGUGGAGCAACUGGUUUUGCUGUUGUACAUGUGAAGCAUUCACAGCCUCUGUCUGCCAUGAUCCUAGCGUUUGACCUAAGGUCGUCAGAUCUAUAAAUAAUUUUACUUGUAUAUGUUGUACUCAGUAUUAGUGUUUGGUUGAUUCACAUAUAACUCCAGUGUCCUAUGUUAUUUCUAUUGGAGGAGAUUUUCUGUGUCUCACUGUGUAUCCAUUAUGGAAAAUGUGUGCUGAGACACACACACAAAUCUGGCCUGCACUUUGAAAGUAGGAGAGUCGUCUACAUUCGCCAACAUGUUGAUUUUGGAUUGAUAUGUUUAAUUUUUGUAAUGUAGAAUUUUAACAGCCCUUGAAACUGUUGAGUUAAUGUGAAGCAAUGUUUGCAUGGUGUAGAUGCUCAACCCCUGAAGGAUGACAUAACCCUCACUCACUCACCUUCUACCCCUUAGUCCACUCAGGGUCGCGGGGAUGACAUAACCAAAAGUAUAAAAAAAAUGACAGUGGUUAUUUCACUCUUCAGGAUAAAACUGCACCUCUGAACUCAGUGAGCUGAAGGGACUAAUCUCUAGAGGAUCACCGAUACAGAUGGUUUGAAAUUCUGGAGAUGAGCUUUCUGCUUUUUUUGAAUAAAAUAUUUAAGAAAACAA